GGGCAGUGCAGCAACACAUGGGAGCCGAGACCGAGGACAAUGGCAAUGUUAAGAACUUCAGCACCGGGUCCCAACAAAGGAUACGGGAUAGCCAGCCACAUCAAAGAAUAAACUUCUUCUAUUUUUGGUCUUUCUAUGUUCUAAAUCAAAGGCUAAGUCAAAGCCUUCCCUGCCCACACUGUUGGGUUUCUCCGGUGUCAUUCCCAGGCCAGUAUAUAUCCGCCCCCUCUAUAACUCCCUGAUCAUGUUCUUCAGCCCUUUAUCACACCAUCCAGCAGACACUUCGCCAGAUAUUCAUCACAAGACAUCUGUCCCUCGGUAUCUUCACCUUGAUAUCCCAGUCUACUCGGCAUCACGCUGUCGACUCUUCCCUCACCACCUCUCGACCAACUAGUCGUCGUGGAAAACAACACCAUGGAGAGCCACAAGACCACCCAGUCUGCCACCCAGGCCAAUACGGCCACCACCGAGCUUGUCACCCAGACCAACAUGGCCAACACUGAGUCUAACACUCAGGCCAACAUGGCCACAAGCUCCACCGCACCCGCCAACGCGGCCGCGCCGCACAACCCUACGCCCUGCCACAUCUGCGCGCGCAUGCGGGCCCGCAGGCCGGCGCACGUCGCCGUUCUCAUGGGCCGCUGGGCCGGCGAGGUCGUCGAGGGCAAGCACGCCCACCUCGAGACCCAGGGACCAGUCCGGGACUGCAUCCUGUGCGCCCGCAAGUACUGCGAGGAGCACAAGGGCAAGGACGAGGGCGUCUGCGAAAUCAAUCACCAGACGUACUGGGACAACCACAAGCGGCGGGUGCCCGAGGGCACAAUCUUCAGCUCUCUGUGGCACCUCGAGGGCUACAAGCGCAUCAAGCAGCUGGAGGCGGAUGGUGAGCUGUAAAGGGAGUUUCUUUCCGGGACCCCUUGAGUAGUCUCUGAGAAUUACGCAUCUUCCUGUUCUCUGGUCGACCCCUCGGCGAAACCACAGCGCUUCGAUGCGCGACUUCACUGCCUUGCCCUUUACGCAAGGGCGAGCCUUCGGCCCCCAGUAUGCUUUAGAAGUUAUCCUUCUUGGGAUGACUAAUUACGCCAUGUUCUGAAGUUUACCAUGUUUUGCGAUGUUUUCCUUUUUAAUUCUAUUCCUCGUUUAUCUUUCUGGAUUUCCUCCUUCUCCCUUCCACUUUUCCUUAGGCAGCAAUUCUUUUGUGGCACUUUUCACCCUCUGUCGUUUGCGUCUUUUUAAAUACGCCUUUUGAUAUCCCUUUUCUUGGAAGCAGAGUUUUGUUUCGGCCCAGAUUGUUUCAUCAUUACCUAGGUAGUCACCAGAACCCGAAGAUUGCCCAGCUUUGUAGCUGACCCC